GUACAUUUUUGCGUGUCGCGAUGGGAGAAAUAAAAGUGGGAAGCGAUGAACAAUAGAGCUGGCUGUUUCCGGGAGGCGCCAGCAUUCCCGAGCAACUUUCGUGCUCUUGUUGUGCAUAGCGAUAGUCAGCCAAGCACACAGCUCAUUGUUGCCGCACACAGCCCAUCCAGUUCACACUGGCAGCUGGUUUUGUGUCAUAGGAGAGUUUUAGGCGAGAUCACCGAAGAGGGAGAAUCAAACUGCCGGAGUCCUGUUGUCAAAUGAUUUGCAUAAGGACUUCCGCCUCCUGAAUUUAGUUUCUGCAUCAACUGGCAAAGGCAGUGGGCAGACCUGAGCCCUCAUGUCAGGCGCAGUCAUGCGGACUUGACAUUUAAACUCGGUUAAUAUUUGGACAUGAGCGGCACACGCGUGUAUUUCGGAUGGUCCCGGUGGAUUUGGAUUAAACGGCACACUGGGAUCUGACACUGUCAUUCUCAGAGGCGUUUACUAUGCUGUAUAUCUGCCGGCUCUUGUGGUGGAUAUACCGUGACUAUUUGCUGUUACUUCUAGUGUAGAACUGGAAUAUUGCAUUGGACUCAUUGUGGUAUUCUGUAGCAGGAAAACGCGCGUUUUCAUCUCCUCUCAAACUGGGGAUUCCUCGUCUGUUUUCACAUGUCUGUUUGGAUCCUAAAGUAGGAUACAGCCAGAUCCUCCAACCCAGUCCAGGAUCUGAUGUCUACUUCAAUGUGUCAUAUUAGAAGAGCUGACCAUCUCUUUUGGAUUGAGUUUUACCUCGCGAUCUUCUUUUGAUGUCUUGGACAGCUUGGAUGCAUGUUAGAUCGUUUUUAUUUUUAGCUUGGAUUACUUCUUUUUUUUGGCUACGUUUUUACAGGUUGGAUCUUCUCGUUUAUUUCGGGUAUUUAAACUCGGUGCUUUUUGUUUAACUACUGUUGAAAUCACACGUUUCAUUCUUUAGAUUCGUUUUGCCGAUCCACUGGGUGAAAAUACUGUGUGAUCUCUUGUUGAUUUAUUUAUUGGUCGUUUAAAGCUUUUGCACACCAUGACUUUCUUGUUCGGGGCAGCGGUUCUGUUGCUGCGCGGACUCGUCAUCUCUGCGGUAUUGGGCUUGGAGAGUUCAUACACGAGCCAUUUAUCGAACCGAGUCACUCCAGAUCCAGCAGCAGCUGUUGCUCCUACAGACCCGUGUUUGACAGUCAUCCCUCCAUGUAUGAAUGAAGCCGACCGCUUCAGUUUAGAGGCACUUCGGCACAUUCACAAGCAGCUAGAUGACGACAACGAUGGAGGAAUUGAAGUGAAUGAGAGUGUAGAGUUUAUCAUAGAGGACAUGAAGCAGCAGCAGACAAAUAAACACAGUAAUCUUCACCGAGAGGACCAGCACAUCACGGUGGAGGAGCUGUGGAGGGGCUGGAAAAUAUCAGAAGUGCACAACUGGACACUGGAGGAUGCAGUUCAGUGGCUGAAAGUGUCGGUGGAGCUUCCUCAGUACGAAAAAAACUUCAGAGAUUUUAAAGUAGAUGGCAACACGCUACCUCGAAUAGCGGCCAAUGAACCGUCGUUUAUGUCAAUGCAGCUAAAGAUAUUAGACCAACGACAUAAACAGAAAUUAAAUCUAAAAGCAUUGGACGCAGUGCUCUUUGGACCUCCACUACGUCCUCACCAUCACUGGCUGAAGGACUUUGUUUUGAUGAUUUCAAUCAUCAUUGGUGUGGGAGGCUGCUGGUUUGCAUACAUACAGAACAAAUCAUCUAGAAUUCACAUCUCCCGGAUGAUGAAAGAUCUGGAGAGUCUACAGAAUGCUGAACAGAGCCUGAUAGAGCUACAGAGCCGGCUGGAAAAAGCUCAGGAGGAGAACCGGACGGUGGCGGUGGAGAAGCAGAACCUGGAGCAGAAGAUGCGUGACGAGAUCAACGGAGCAAAGAGAGAAGCCAGCAGACUGCGAGAGCUGCGAGAGGGGGCUGAAUGUGAACUCAGCAGACUCAAGUACGCAGAGGAGGAACUAGUGCAGGUGCGAAUGGCACUGAAGAGAGCAGAGAAAGAGAUGCAGUCAGAUUGGUCGGUGCCAGAAGCCCUGCAGAUGUGGCUUCAGCUCACACAUGAGGUGGAACUGCAGUACUACAACAUUAAAAAACAGAAUGCCGAGCUGCAGCUCACGGUCGCAAAGGACGAGGCAGAAAAGAUCAAGAAGAAGAGGAACUCUGUGUUUGGUACCCUACAUGUUGCACACAGCUCAUCACUGGAUGAAGUAGACCACAAAAUACUUGAGGCUAAAAAAGCUCUAUCAGAGGUCACAGCCUGUUUGCGUGAACGUCUUCACCGCUGGCAGCAAAUAGAGAAGUUAUGUGGCUUUCCAGUGGUUCAUAACUCUGGGCUGCCCAGCCUCACCGCCUCCCUGUACGCCGACCACAGCUGGGUGGUCAUGCCGCGGAUGUCGGUGCCACCCUACCCAAUCGCUGGCGGGGUGGACGAUCUCGAUGAGGACACACCACCAAUCAUUCCACAGUUCACCUCUCCUUUGAUUCGACCUCCUGUGACCCACAACAGCAGUGUUUGUCGUUCCCGCAGAAGUCUUCUGUCUCAGCCCUCGUCCCUUUCUCCUGACCCUGACCUGUUGUCUAUGGCCUCGGCCCCACUGGCCUACAGACCCGAGGGAGACGAUGAUCACAUCUUCUUCACUGUCGAAAGGAAAGGGGAUCUUCAGGACACAUGCUCAGAUUCAGAUUCUCUCAGUUCCUCUUUGGGCAGGAAGCAGUUCUCCGGUCCCUCUGUUCAAAGUACAUGUGCUACAGGCAUGGAGACCCCACCACGUAAAAUCUCUCGUGAGGAACUUCUUCUCCUGGCGCAGGAGGCCCAGGCUAUCGCCAUGGAGACCUUACCUUCUUCCACAUCCUCCCCUUCAUCUCCUCUUGACUCCUCCUCCAUUCACAAGGGCUCCCCUGACCUUACCCACUCUUCUGUCUUCCCAGAAUCUCAAAGUUUAACCUUUCAUCCUGGCACCAAAGCUGUGGCCUAUAAUGGCAUUCUGGAAAAGUCAUACAGCAUGGGGCAGCUGCCCGCUAGUGGGACGCCUCCAGAGGGACAUUACCCCUCCAUUAGCUCCCUCGACAUAGAAAGCAAAUCUAUCAAGGAGCCCAAGCAACUCCAACCCACCUCCUCCCAGGACUUUUGCGACAAUGCAGAGAAAAAACGCUCCAAGAUCAAGAGCUUGUUCAAGAAAAGCAAAAAGCUGUGAGGAACAGUAGAGAAGAAGAAGAAAUGGAGAGAAAAGAAGCCUUAAAAUAAAAUAAAUGAGGGUCAACCAG